AUGAUAUUUUGCAACACUUUCUUCUCUCCCUCUCCACUUCUCUCUCCGUUAACUUUGACUCAAACAAAGCCGUCGCGAUUCCCAAAGAAACUCAUUGCUCGAGCUCAGUUCCAGUCGAUGGAGGAUCACGACGAGCUUCUCCGGCUGAAGUUCAUGGAGUUCCCGUACUUGUCAGACACGCGCAGGCAGCUAAUGGUUGAGCUAGUGUCGAUGGUUGAGGAUAACCUCCAGUCGCUACUCCAACCUUGUAGCCUCCCGCCGGAUGUACGGAACUUCAAAAGCCCUAACGGUUCCGCCGAAGCAUCUCUUCAUAUCAGACCCGGCGAGAAAUCCUCUCCGUUGGAUACACUGCAAGAUUCCAACAUGUGUUUCUCUCAACAUAACAACAUCUCUACAUUCUUAAACUCCUCAACAAGAGCUCCAAACUUUACAUUCGAAGUCAUACAGAGCAGUCCCACGUCGCUCGUUCUCAUCCUCGACCUCCUACCUCGCAAAGACCUUGUUCUUCAUCCGGACUAUAUCAAGGAAUUCUAUCAAGACACUGCUCUUGACUCUCAUCGACAAUCUCUCCUCAAGGUUCCUGGAAUCAAACCUUAUGUUUCGCCUUCUCUCUUUGUCCGCUCUGGUUUCUCCCCUGCUGUUUCUGCUCUUAUAAUCGAUGUGGAAGAAGAGGAGAGUUUGGAGGAAAUCAUGAGAGAUCAUGUGAGUCCAGCUGCUAAGGAUGUUCUCAGGGUUUGGUUGGAGCGUUGCGCGAGGGAAGAAGAUGAGAAGAGAGUGGUGGGAGAAGAAGAGAAAAGGAGUUGGAGAGAAGAGAUAAAAGCUUCAGAAGAAAGAACGUAG